AUGGCGUCUCCGGCUAUCAAGGAAGCAAUCUCAAAGGCGGCAUUGCAGUAUUCGAAGCCAGAUGGGAAGGUUUUCGAGUAUGGUACUGCUGGGUUUCGUAUGAAAGCUGACCUCCUCAACACCGUGGUGUUUGCUGUGGGAUUGCUUGCAGGUCUUCGAUCCAAGAAGCUCAGCGGACAAUGGAUCGGUGUUAUGGUCACUGCGAGCCACAACCCGGCUGAGGACAAUGGUGUCAAGCUGGUCGAUCCUAUGGUAAGCUCCAGAAUGAAGCUUUUCCGAAUCGGCGAAAUGCUUGAGGCCGAAUGGGAGGCAUAUGCCACAAAGCUCGCCAAUGCUUCUCUCGAGAAUAUCGGUGAAGUCUACGAUGAACUCAUCAAGGAGAUUGAUGUCAACAUGGAAAACCCGGCUCGUGUGGUCUUUGCCCGAGACACUCGCGCUUCUGGCUCUCGCCUCGUUGGCGUCCUUAACGCUGCACUCACCGCUACUGAAGUCGAGUUCGUCGAUCUGAAAUACAUGACCACGCCCCAGCUUCACUACAUUGUCCGCUGCAAGAACACAUUGGGAACACAGUACGAGUACGGUGAACCUACCGAGCAAGGCUACUAUGAGAAGCUUGCCGAAGCGUUCAAGCGAGUGACCCGCGGCGUCAAGGUCAAGGGCUCUCUAACCGUCGACUGCGCAAACGGCGUUGGUGGACCUAAAUUGAGGGAACUCAUCAAAUAUCUGCCUGCUGCCGAGGAAGGUGGCAUUGAUAUUAAGGUCGUUAAUGACGAUGUCAUCAACCCUGACAGCUUGAACUUCGAGUGCGGUGCCGAUUAUGUCAAGACAAAGCAGCGUGCUCCUCCCUCAUCCAAGGCCUCUGUCCUUGACCGUUGUGCCUCUUUGGAUGGUGAUGCUGAUCGUCUUGUUUAUUACUUCCAAGAUGAGAGCAACGUCUUCAGACUUCUUGAUGGCGACCGCAUUGCGACACUCGCCGCGUCCUUCAUUGGCGAUCUUGCCCGGAGCGCUGGAAUCGCACAAAACAUCAAGAUCGGUGUCAUCCAGACCGCUUAUGCCAACGGCGCCAGUACCGACUACAUUGAAAAGGUGUUGAAGCUCCCAUCAGUUUGCACCAAAACCGGUGUCAAGCAUCUGCACCACGCUGCGAUGCGUUAUGAUGUUGGUGUUUACUUCGAGGCCAACGGUCACGGCACCAUCACCUUCUCCGAAAAUGCCCUGAAGAUUAUCAAGAGCACUGAGCCUCAGUCCCCUGCUCAGAAGCGGUCUCUUGAAUGCCUCCAGGCCCUCACCGACCUGAUCAACCAGGCCGUCGGCGAUGCCCUCUCCGACAUGCUUCUUGUCGAGGUCAUCCUUGCUCACAAGGGAUGGAGCCCCAAGGAGUGGUUGGGAACCUACACAGACCUUCCCUCCCGCCUCGUUCGUGUCGAAGUUGCCGAUCGCUCGAUCUUCAAGGCCUAUGAUGCUGAACGCAAGCUGGAAUCUCCUGCUGGUCUUCAGGAAAAGAUUGAAUCCCUGCAGUCUCGGUAUAACAAGGGAAGAAGCUUCGCCCGUGCAAGCGGUACAGAAGACGCAGUGCGUGUUUACGCCGAGGCCGCAAGCCGGUCCGAAUCUGAGGACCUUGCUACUCGCGUCGCCAACGCUGUCCGCGAGGCCGGUUCCGGCAAAGAAACUCAGUCCUAA